AUGAGUUCAGCCGCUAAUGGACGGAAGAUCCAAGACCUUGAGCAAAAGCUCGGCUUAAGUAUCAACAGUUCCUUGAUGAGCAAGACCGAUUACUUCCCCAACGAGAAGCAAGAUAUCGAAGCGGAUAAACCUCGAAAGUCGGACAUGAUGCCUUCAAUUCGUCAAUUCCUCCUAACUCUUAUGGUCGUUUCCCUCCUCACCAUCACAAUCGUUUCUGCCACGACGACGAACCGGAAUCCAGGAAAUGUCUCGCCUCCUUGUAUGGAGGAUCAACAAGCUUUCAGGGAAUUGUUGGAUACUAUUGAGCCUGCCAUGCUGCAUGAUGUGCUCCAUCAACACAUGACAGAGAAAUAUCAACAUGGUGUAUACGAAGAUGAUAAGGAAGCUAUGCAGGCUGUGUACAGGCAGGAACCCGGGGUCGCACACGCCUUGGUUGAGGCAGCAAAGGCAAAUGCUAUGGUUGAAUUGGCCAAGAGACAGGUUGGCUCGAACUCGACGACUACCCAGGCUCAGAGUACGACAUCGAGCGCCACUUUGACUACUCUCACUUCCCAGCCGGCCACAACCUCCCCUUCCUCAACUUCGGUUUCGGUAGCUCCAUCUUCUACAUCUGUUGUAUCAACUAGCACCUCGGAGAGAACACCUGCAACGACCUCUGCCACCACUCAAGCAGUUUCCCCAACCACAGCUCCAAGUUCGACAAGUGCUCAAAUUUCCACAUCAUCCUCCCGAGCUGCCACAACUGACGAAACUACAUCAUCGCAAGUAGUACCAACAACGACAACUACACCAGUUGCAACGUCUACGACAACUACACCAGUCGCAACGCCUACAACAACUACACCAGUCUCGACGCCUACGACAACUACAAGGCCGGGUUCUCACCCUGCCACGUCGAUGUCUUUGGGAUCAAGUUCCACGGUAUCGUCUGCGGUUCACAUACCUGCAAGUUCAAUGAUAUCCUUGGGAGGUCUCUCUGUGAUUCUUAAUGCCAUGAUUUCUAGUUCUACUCAUUUUGGAUACCCUUCUAGCGCUGUUUCUGUUCUUGAUCUCAGUUCUACUGGACGCCCUUCUAUGACUGUGGCUGUCUUUGGUUCCAGUUCUCCUGAAUACCCUUCUACGGCUGCAUCUGUUUUUGGUUCUAGUCAUAGUUCUAGUUCUAGUUCUAGCUCCGUUGGAUAUCCUUCCACAGCUGUGUCAUUCUUGGGUUCCAGUUCUGUUGGACAUCAUACUUCUUCAUCAAUUUGCGUGUCUGUUUUGGACUCUAGUUCUAUUGGAUAUCAUACUCCUUCAUCAAUUUCCGUGUCUGGUUUAAGUUCUGGUUCCGGAAAGUAUAGAACUUCCUUGGCUAUAACAUCCACUUCUAGUGUCCUUGGAUAUGACAAUCUUUCCGUUGUCUUGCUGCUACCUAUUUCCACUCCCAUUCGAUCUCAGGACAGCUUUGCAACCUCAAUUUCUAGUACUCUCGUCAAUAUUCCCAGCAAUGUUUUUUCUUCAUCGUUUUCUGGCUUAGACUUAUACUCGGAUUCAGGAUCGACUGCUACCUCUACAUCUCGAUCUCGGACCUCUGCAUCAGCUCAAGUCGCUACACCUACAACGGGAGCGUCCACCACCACCUCUCAAGCUUCUGAAGCAACAUCAAGUACUAUUGCUCCUGUCUCCGUUACUACAGGAGCUUCUACAAGUGAGGCCCCCCUAUCUACCGGGGAGUCGACUUCUCAGGCCACUGCCUCUGGAGCUUCUACAAGUGAGGUCCCCCUUCCUACCUGGGAGUCGACUUCUCAGGCCACUGCCUCUGGAGCCACUACCUUGGCUGGUGCCUCAAGUUUUUCUGCAGAGGUUUCCGGUUCUGAUGUUUUGUCUACAUUAGCUAGUUCUGCGAGCACUACUGUUACUGGCUCUACUUCUAUCGUGGUUGUUACGUCAAGAUCUACUAACAUGGCUGAAUCUACAGCUUCUCCCGCAGACGAUACUCCUACAAAAGCCACUGUGACAACCAGCAGCAGCACAUCGACGCGAGUCUUCACUACAACCUUACCCAAUGGCUCCCUUUCCACAGUCACAGCUGUCACAGUAGUCCCUGCUGUAGUCACUGGCGGAUCGUCCGGUGGAUCCUCCACCACCUCAUCUGGAAAAGCAUCAUUGCAAACCAACAGUGCCGGAAAGAACAAUAUGGGAAUCAACAUGGUUCUGGGUGCAUUCGGAAUGGUGGUGAUCGGUGCAUUAUAG